AUGUUCAGGCUACCACAAGGACUGGACGAAUCCGAUCCGAAGGAGAUUGAGAAUGCCAGGCAAACAUUGACAGUUUUAAACAACGUCGCUGAAAACGCGGAAAAGAAAGUUGAGAAGAAAACAACGUUGACCAUGCAGCCUGGAGAUCUUUGUCCAGAUCCGGAACUCGUUCCCGAUUUGGCGGGUUCGCUUCCGCAGGCUGUAUUGCUCAUCGAAAAUCUCCAAGAAGCGGAGGUUUCCGCCGCUCAUCCUGAGCUGAAGCCCGGUGGUGAAUGGAAGCCGUCAGAUUGCAAGGUACUAGUUACAGUAAGUUCAUUUGAUGUGUAA